AUCCGCAAACGCAAAGUCGACAAAAGAAAAAGAACGUAAAACAUCAUCUGAUGGGGAAAUUUUAACUCCCCUUCUCCGCAUUUUGCUCCCCCCGGGAGCCGUUCUCCAUGUCUCACUCCCUCAAGCAUCAUCAGCAUCAUCGGCAAACUUUCGUUUCCUGAUGGCCCGCAUGCAUGCAUGACGCGUGUGUUUUCCCUCUCUCUCUUUCCCAAUCCUGAUACUCUCCUUCUCUGUAUGGAUGUAUGUAUGUAUGUCUUGCUCUCUUACCUUCCUCCCCAUGUUUUUCCGUUAUAGGACGGAGGAGAAAGUUACGCAUUGGGCGAAAGGGCAUAUGUGUGGUAGUCCGACCGGUCGGCGGUCGACGGUCGCCCUACGAAAUUACCUACACAGUAAGGUGCUUUGUCGCACGCCGACUUGCCGACACAUCACAGCACACACCACGCCUGCACGCACCCACCAUUGAAUUGAAACUUUCACAUCUUGUCGGUCGUUCCCUUUCCUUUCUUCUCGCGCGGGAGAAAGCGAGGCGAGAAGACGCGGCGGCGGCGGGAUCCGCGCGUCUGGGGAACUUCUUCUUUGUUUCUGGGGGGGCUCCGUGGUGCGUGGGUGGUUUGAUGUUUGGCUUUCACCCUGUCAUACGGAAUGUUAUGUAUGGACAUAUGCACGUUGUAUUUUCCGUAUGAGGAGAUUUUCUUUUACUUUGCACGAGAAUAG